AUGACGCACGCCAGCGCCCACACCGCCCACGGCGUGCGGGUCGUCGCGCCCCCGCCUCCCGACAGCCUCGCCGCCGGGACGGCCCCGCAGCCCGAGGGACAGUUCGGCGACAGGACGCGCCCCGUCACGGGCCAAGAGCCGGUGAGUACGGUCGGCGCGUGGCACACGCAUCCGGACGUGAAGGUGGUGCUGCCGCCUGGGUUGGAUGACUCCUUAGGGCCAGCCGUCGGCGACGACGGCGGUCAACCUCAACUAGACGGGUCGGAGAAUUCAAAAGCUGAAGGGAAACCUAUGGCAGGGGAGCAGAAACCUACAGAAGAAGAAAAGCAGACGUCGGAUAAACCUGCAGAAGAUGACGGCACCAGGCAGAAACUACCUGACACGCAUGUCGUGCUGCCCCCUGCGUGGGAUGAACCGGGAUUCAAGCCCCCGGUCAACGAUGAUGCGGAAAGAGGUGAAGGAAGUGGAGAUGAUGAUGACGAAUCCAUGCAGCCUAAUGUACAGCUGCCAGCUGUGGAUGGCGAGCCCGGAUUACGACCCCCUGGAGAACAGGAAGCAGACAGUACCAAACAGAAACUGCCAGACACUUUGGUAGUUCUGCCUCCGGCUUGGGACGAACCGGGAUUUCGACCUCCUGAAACCGGUGGAGUGCGAGACGAAGGCAACAAAGACGGAGAUGACACCAGAAACAAGGAACCGAACACGUCGGUUCAGCUGCCCCCUGGAUACGAAGAUUUAAAAGAUCAACCCUCCGGAGACGAAGAAGGGGUGAAAAAAAAAGAAAACGGCAAAGAUGACGACACCAGACAGAAGCUACCAGACACUUUGGUAGUUCUACCUCCAGCUUGGGACGAACCGGGAUUUCGACCUCCUGAAAACGGCGGAGUGCGAGACGAAGGCAACAAAGAGGGUGAUGAUACCAGAAACAAGGAACCGAACACGUCAGUUCAGCUGCCCCCUGGAUAUGAAGAUCUAAAAGAUCAGCCAUCCGGAGAUGUAGAAGGGGUGAAAGAAGCAGAAAACAGCAAAGAUGACGACACCAGACAGAAGCUACCAGAAACUUUGGUAAUUCUACCACCAGCUUGGGAUGAACCGGGAUUUCGCCCACUUGCAAACGUGGAUUCGCUAAGAGAUGAAGAAACUCAAGACAACUCAAAGGCCCCCGAGCAAUCAGAUGCUUCUCCUGGACAAAAACCAACGCCCGUGAAAGGCGAAUCGAGUUCAGCAACUCCAUCGGGUGACACUUCACCAAACAAAGACUCGACCAAACAAGACGCCGCUAAGGAAACGCAAAAACCAGCACCCGUAAAAUCAACUACGCAAACUGUUAAGGGCGAUCAAUCGCCUCCCGAAAAGUCCGUGAUGAAUAACGAUGAAAACGGCCAAAAGAAAAACCCAGAAGAAGGCAAAGAACCAGCCAAACCGGACGAGACGGAGCCAGUCGACAAACCUCAGGACGCGCUUCCCGAUUCCCCGCAGGUCAACACGAAAUCCGGAGGCGCGGCCACGGCAGACGAUCCUCCACCGCGCCUCCAGGUGCCUCCAGAAUUCUACCUGACGCGCAAAAACCACGCGGCGCGCCCGCACGUUCGGCCGACGCCGCCUCCGUCCGAGCAGCCGGACUUCAUCGCGGAGAACCCUCUCUUCGAGUGGACGUUCCCGUGCUCCUCCCAGGAGAAGAGCUGCCUCGACGAGGACCGCGUGCUGUACGACGGCGACCGCAAGUGCUACCAACUGUGGCGCUCGGGGCCGUGCGAGCGCGGGCAGUGGCUCGUCAUCGACAAGGCGGAAGCCCUCAACGGCAGCGGCCACUUCCGGGCCGUGUGCGCCAAUAUGUCGCGGUGCCCUGAACGAGAGGUGUUCAUGGCGAGCGACCGUCAGUGCCACCCGUUCGCCCAAAUCAUCCGUGAGAUCUGCCCCAAGCACGAGGGGCUGCAGCUGAGCUACAACGUGUUCGGCGAGGGCGAGUGCAAGUGCGACAACUGCCCGCACCCGCAGCUGCCCACCAACACCUUCGGCGAGGGCCGCUGCGCCUUCCCGCCCUCCUUCUACCGCUCGGGCGUGCACGUGGGGCUGGAGGUCGCGUGGCGCGCCGCAAUGGCCGAGGCGGCCGUCGACGCGGCGGGCAAAGCGGCGGGGGCGACGUUUAAAGACAAGAACAAGGAAAAACCUAAAGAUAGUAUGAAAUUAACAUAUGUUACGUAA